AUGGUGCUCGCGGAGGCGGCGCGGGGGCGGCUGCUGGCGGCGCUGCGCCCGUGGCUGGCGGCGGACCCGCGGGAGCUGCGGGUGGAGCUGGGGCUCCUCCGCUCCCGCGCCGUCGCGCGCGGGGUCGAGCUCGACGCCGCGGCGCUCGGUGCCGCCGUGCCGGGGUCCUUCCCGGCCAGGGUCGACCGCGUGGCCGUCGCCGAGGUCGAGCUCGUCGCCUCGCCCUGGGUCGCCCCCGGGCUCGAAGCCGUCGUGCGUUGCGUGGAGUUGGUGCUCACCCUCAGGGAGCCUGCGCCAAAGAAGCAACGCCCCGACAUCAAGGAGUGGGUCUCCAAGGAGAAGAAAAGAGUAAUCGCAUCAAUGGACCCUCAGGGUGAAAUAUUGCAUGAGAAGAUUGAAAACUUGGUUAGCUCCCUGGAAGAAAAGUUUGCCUCAGUAUUUUCCAGUGCACUUCUAAACUGUAGUCAGGUUCGACUUGAUGAUGUCACGAUACAAGUCCGAUAUCUUGAUGAUUCUCAUUUUUUCAUAUUGAGGACAAGUGACUUGCAAUUUGGUCCUGAGCAUGCCUUCCGUUUCUCUCUAUUCAGAGGAUUAGUUCAAUCUUCUAUGCCAUCUAGAAAGAAGAACCAUCUGCUUGUCAAAUGUGCUUAUUUUGAGUUUUUGCUGAAGGAGAAUGAUCAAAUAGACUGCACUGCAUCUUUCACUGGGACAACUGGUUCUGUUAGGUUAGACAAUCUUCAACUUACUGCUUUUGGAAUUCAUGUUACCAGUGCAUUAUGGGAAAUUGCACCCAAAGCUAUUCCAUCGUUGAUGGUGAUAUUGGAAACUACGAGCCAAAAGGAAGAUUAUGAGGUUAGGAGUGGUAGAGAACUUUGGAAAAUAGCUGCGCACAAGCUUAAAAACUCAAUAGCAUGUCACAGACUUUCUUUAAGCAAGGCCAUAAGUUGUGCUUCUUUCUGGCAGCGCUAUGUUCAUGCUUAUAUCUCGUUAUUAUCAUUAGUUGGAUAUCCUUCUGAAAAGGUUAUUAAAAAAAACUGCAAUAGGGUAAAAAGCACCAGGAAAGUCAGGGAAACUAUAAGGGAUCAUUUGAAAACUGUAAUUGAAUUAGAGGAGAAAAUCCCUGUAGAAGCUAUUGCUAGAGGGCGGCGUGCAGCGCGUUCAAAACUAACUGUGUCGCAGCAACAGGGCGAGCAAGAAUUAUCAAAAGCACUUUUGGCUUCUUACACGUUGAUAUUUCUCUCACCCAUAUUAUAUUUAUGGAAGUUUCUUAUAUUCAUAUGCUGGCCAAUGUGGAGAUUUGUGAGCUCUGGCAGAGGGUGGAGAUCUUGUGCACACGUUUUUCCUUGUGCUUUUGAUGAUUCAGAAAUUGAGGUUCAGCUCAGCAUAUGCCUUGGUGAACUCUCUGUAACAUUUAUACCUCUCGGUGGUCACUUCACUGGUACACCAAAGUUGAACAAAGGGAACAAGGGCUAUCACAUUGAUAUACCUGCAGUACAUCUUGUAAUAAAAUCAUCAUGCAUACUUUACACAGCUUGUUGCACUACACAGUCAUUUUUUUUUGUAAUUGGUGAAUUGAAGGCCAACCUUUCUGGUAUCCCAAAGUUGUCACAAUCAACCAAUGGCAGCAUUACUAGGAGGAAUUCAUCUUUUGGAACAGAAGAGUUUGCUGAAGAUACUAAUGCAGUGAUAAUACUCUGGAGUGACUCUGCCAGUAUGCACCCAUUUUCUGGAAAACAGCCCAACGAGUCCUUUUCCUACAAUGGUGAUUCAUCUGUUGCCCUUCUACAGAGUGAUAUGGAGCAGCUGUGGUCCUUCUGGACAGUAGUAAGCACUUUCUACAAUGACUCAGGUGUGAUGCAUCAUGGAAAACCUUCUGUUAUUUUUGAAUUCAAAUCAUUUCUCGUUGAUCCUUACAGAAGUACAAGUGGUUUUCAGCACUGUAGAUUUACAGUUGGGAGGAUAAGCCUUGAUUUGGAUUACCUGUGUGCUUCAUCAACUUAUCUGCUCUACAGGCAAUUCAUGCACUACAAAGAGCUGAAAGAACUAACUGAAAAAUCAGCAGAGUUUUUGAACAGAAGUGAUAGCUGUGCAACACGUACAAGUGGAAUUGUUUAUAAGUUGAGAUCAUUGAACCAGAGGCUGAAGCUUGUGAUUCCAUAUGUUAUUCCAGAAAAUACCCUUCAGAUUUCAGCACUCAUUGCAGGUCCAAGUAUGAGGUUAAUCUUUGAUAAUAACAGCCUGUUGCCAAACAGCAAAAAUAAUCAAGUCCCCCUGUUUUCUCAGAUGAAUAACAAGUCCCACAUAACUCUCAACCUUGCCUAUGUCGAAUGUGUUAUCUGGCCAGCAUCUCUAUCGUCUUUAACUCCUAUGAGAGCUCAUUCGCAUGUCGAAGAAUCACAUAAUACAUUUUAUGGUGUGAAGGAGCAGCUAGAACCUCAUCGUUUAGCACUCGAAAGUGCAGGAAAUGUUUAUUCAGGGACUGUUGCAUUGGAUGCUUGCUUCAAAUUUUCUGAUUUAACUCUUUUGGUAGAUCAUAUAGAGUCAAAUCACCAGUCUCACAUUCUUGGACCAAUGUCAGCCAAUUUUCAGCUGUCAACAAGCUGGAAGUAUGUCAGUUCCUUCUUUGUCACCAGAAACAUUCUCUCAAUAAACUUGGGAGGAGGGAUUGUUGGUUGUAUGGCUUUCCUUUUCAUGGAUGAUUUGUUUCCCAUUUUCCAGCUUAUUGAAGGCAUGCAAAUGUUGGCAUUGAAUUCUGAGUUGGUUGAAGUAAAGUAUUCCCAAUGCUUUAUUCGAAGGUUAGUAUCGUCUUGCAGCAAUCAUAUUGAGGGAAGCACAAUGGAUACUGGUGAGAAUAUUAUCCAGAAAGAAACUGUUGACCGUCAUACAGAUCUCAAGGUUGAGAUGGAACUCUAUUUAGAACCAAUACACAUCAUCAUUAAUGCUUCGCAGGACGGACUUGUCUUAAAUCCUGCUAUGUUCUCCAACAGUGACGUAAACUACAUCAGCAGCUCACCUGUGUUUGAGGGUGUAGCAGCACAGGAAUCACUUGACAUAUUAGCUUUAGGUGUUUGGUUUUGCUGCAGAAGCUCUUCUCUGAAACUUCUUCUUGAUGGACAAUGCACAGACUUCCUUGUUAGCUUGUCUGGAAUUCAAUCUGUGGUCUUCGAGAACCAACCUCAGAUGAGUAUUUGUAAUGAUAUACUGCAGUACAGCACCAUGCUUAGCAGCUCUCCAUAUGACAAGAAUCAGUUCAUUAUAUCAGAUUGUGUAUUUCAUCUAUGUGCUGGUCCUAAUAAAGAGAGCCUGAUCAAUGAGAAAUUGCAAGAUGAAUUUAGAAGUAGUUGCAGUACUGAUUCUUUGGGAAUUUACUAUUUUAUCAAACUUGAAUUUACCGAGGUUUAUAUUGGAGACUACAGCAUGCACAAUUAUUUAACUGAAGUCAAUAAACCAAGCAAACAGAAAAUCAUGCUGCUGAUUCAUGAUGAUCUUCAGAUUGUCAAAUGCAAAAUCAAGGGUGGUUUGAUCUUCCUGGAAACAUUAUCUCUAGCUAAGUUUGUUUUAUGUUGCAAAAAUUACUUUCGGCUUCUUAUGGAUCUCUCAUCACGGGCAGCUUCCAACUCAGUAAAAGAUUCAAGAACUUCAAUAUAUGCAGGAGGUGACUCUAGUGUGACCAACAGAUCACCUGUGUGUAGCAGUGUUCAUUCCCAAAGUGAGGAAUCACAAUUGAGUGCCGUCAAAUGUCUUGAUGUCGAUUUUUCUCAGUUUUCUCUUACUCUUGCCACUGCAGACAAAUCAGGUACAUACCAUGGAUUAACUCUUGAAGUUGAAGCAAGUCUUCAACAAUCAGAUCUUGAUAUGAAGAUGUUUGAAGUAAAGCAUUUUUCGAUUUCCAGUAUUAGUAUCAUUCCUGAUACUGGCCAUUUACAAUUGAGAGUUGUAUCAGCACCCCGUUUUCGAUCCAGCAAGUCUGUUGCUCUUCCAUCUCAGUCAGAAAUCCAAGAAUAUCUUCCCUUCGUAGAAGCAGAUAAUGUGCUUACUUAUGAUCACAAUGCUCCUUCAAGCUCAAAUUCUACAAUGGAAAGUUCGACAGGCAACCCAUCACUAGAAUUUUCUUCACACAAGAAUUAUAUCCUUAGUCAUUUCUCUGCUUAUCUGAAGCUUGAGAAAAAAGAAUUGAAUGGAGAUUCUAACCUGAUGCGCUCAAGUGGUGAUUGGUUUGGAAAUGGUUCUGUUUCAGGUUUGGAGGUGACAAUGUCACUCUCAAGCAUCGAGAUUAUCUUGUCUUUAUACACUCCAUUUCAUGAGAUUCUGAGCUCUGGCUCAACUCAGAAGGAAAUACAGACUGGUAGUCCCCCUCACCAGGAAUUGCUGGAUAAUAUGGAAUGUUGUACUGUACCUGAUGGAGCAAUCGUGGCCAUACGGGACCUUGAUCAACAGAUGUAUGUAUCAGUAAAAAACACUGGAAGUAAGUACCAAGUGGUUGGCACAUACCAUUAUUCUCUUUCUGGUGAAUGUGCAUUAUUUAAGGUGAAACACCAUAAGGGGUGGAGAUCAGAUACACCAUACAUUUCUCUUUUAUCUUUAUAUGCAAAAACUGAUGAAGGCAAAGAACUGGCUCUUAGUUUCUCUCAUGGAUCAGAUUUGGUUGAAGUUUCUUCAUCUGUUGAAAAGCCUUCUUCACUUUGGACCACAUUCCCUCUUAGGUUUGAUGGUUUUGAGGAUGACAGUGAUGAUGGUAAAUCUUGUAAGAUUAUUUCAAGAGACUCCUACCACUUUGUCAACAAGAAAAACAGUUAUGGCAUUGCAUUUGUUGAUGGCUUACUGGAAUUUGUUAAAAAGCCAGGAAAUCCAUUUAAAGUGAAGGUUUUGGAUGAAUCUCUUUUUUCCGAUGUCCCAAGGCCCUUUAUACCCAAUGUGAACUUGGACAAUAACACUUACUUAGAUAUUGACAAUGAAUUAACUUUUGCUAUGAGGGAUAGCUUGGAAACUGGUGUUAGUUCACAACAUGUAACUAUCAGUAUCGAUAAGAUCGUUUUUACCAUUACCCAUGAGAUUCUUGAUACUGGUAAUGUUUUUCCACUUGUCCAAAGUUGCAUAAGUGAUACCCGUAUUAUCACACAAAUAUUCCCAUCCAAAAUCAGGAUUCUAAGUUCAUUCAAAGUUGUAGUGCAGUCCUUCAAUGCAAGGAAAUAUCUGUGGGAGGAACUUAUCUCACCUAUCACUUCCUAUGUGUUCCUCCGAUAUAGAUUUUUUGACCUAGUUCCAGUUACUAGGUAUAGCAGGAUGCCCCUUCGGUUUUUUGUUCAUUUAAAACAGGCGGAUAUAUUUUUCAAUGAGCUUUCAAUUGACACUCUUCUUUAUGUGGCUGGAAAGUUAAAUGUUAUGGGCCCAUAUGCUGUGAAAAGCUCUGUUAUCUUUCCUAACUGCUGCAAGAUAGAAAACAACUCAAGGCUGACUCUUGUAUGUCAUUUCCAAAAUAAUGAGGAUGCAAUAGUUUCUGGACAACAGUCAGCUUCCGUUUUCUUGAGACACUUGACAUUUGAGGAUAAUCAUCCACAUGAUCAAAAUAUUGUUUCUAUUUCUUUGUUCAAGGAAGGGGCAUUUUCAACCGCUCCAAUUAAUGUUUUUCUGCAAAAUUCUGGCAUAUUUGCAUGGAGGACCCGUAUAUUGUCUCUCAAAGAUUCAAGAAGUUCCUCUGGACCAUUUGUUGUGGUCAAGGUCUCCCAGAACUCUGAGGAAGGGUUAUCCCUUUCAGUUCAACCUUUGUUGAGGAUCUACAAUAAGAGUGACUUCCCCCUUGAACUUCGGUUUCAGAGGCCACACAAAUCUAAUGAAGAAGCAGCAUUUGUCACAGUUAGAAGCGGAGACAUGGUUGAUGAAUCUACCGGAGUAUUUGACUCAAUGGAUUUAUCUGGAGGAUCCAAAAGAGCAUUGAUGUCUCUAGCUCUUGGAAAUUUUAUGUUGUCAAUUAGACCUGAGAUUUCUGAGUGUUCUGAAAACUUGGGUCAGAUAACUCUAGUGAAAUGGUCAGAGGACAUUACCGGUGAAAAAGCUGUUCGCAUAUCUGGUGUUAUGGAAAAGCUUAACUACAAUAUAAGAAGAGCCUUCAGUAUUGAUUCCAUGAAGUCUUCUUUCAGCUCUUUGAGUUGUGAUGUUUCUGUCGAUGGUCAACAUGUGACAGAUCUUCAUUUCUUAGUUCAUACUCUAGGUAGAGAGGUUCCUUUGCAUCCUACGAAUGGAAGUCCUGUAUUUCACAGGAAUGCAGAAGUCCCAUUGCAGUUACAGAGAGAAAUUUUUAUAUACCCAACUGUUCAAGUGUAUAAUUUCUUGCAGACAGACAUACACGUGAUUCUAACCGACUAUGAACCAGAAAAUACCAGAGAAGGUAACUUUGACACCAUUGGCAAGCAAGCAACGAUCACAAGUGGUUCAAGUGCUUAUUUAUAUGUGAAUCCUGCCAGGUUUACCUUUUCAGUCACGCUAAUUUCAUACGGUUUAAAGUCCAAGGCAGUUAAUAGUAGUGAUUGGCUUAAGAGAAUACAAAAGCAGACAAGUCGAGCUCAAUUUCUUGAUGUAGAGCUAGAAUUUGUUAUUGGGGCUGGGAGAUUCCAUUCUUCUUUAAGAUUAUUACGUCAGGAGAAAGGCUUGUUGGAGGUUGCGCUGUUCACAAGAUAUGCACUACAUAAUACCAGUGACUACCCCUUAUUGUGCACAGCUUCCCAUAAAAGAUCACUACCUAUGUCUGGAACUGAAAAGGAAACUAUUAAUUUUCCUCCUCAGGAUGGUUGUAUUCUGGCCUCAAUGUCAAUGAGCUCCUGGUUUACAAGGUCAAGUAAACUGCGAAUAAGCCUACAUAAUGAAAAAGGAUCAGAAGCUUUUAUUGACCUGGAAGCAUUGUCUGGCUUCACUGAAUUUUCUCUGGAGAUACAAGAUAAUAUAAUGCCUCGGAGAAAGGCUACAUUUGGCAUGUAUUUGCAACCUGUUCUCUAUGACUUGCCUGUGCCAUCACAAGUUGUAUUAAUUGUUCCAAGAUAUGUUUUUUCAAAUGAGUCUGCUACCACAAUCUCUGUUCGACAAUGUUUUGUUGAGGAUGAUGUAGACGGAGUGGCAAUCGAAGCAAAACACAGGGCUACCUUACAUACAUGGAAACCUGAAAAAAGGCGAGAAGUAAACUACUUUGAUUUGUUUGUUAAAAAGCACAGAAAUGUGUCUGAGGAUUCACACAUUUUUAUUCAGUUCUGCCCAAAAGAAACUGGGUAUGGUUGGUCUGGACCAAUUUGUGUUUCAUCAAUUGGCCGUUUUUUUGUGAAGUUUAGAAGAUCACAAGGCAUGCUAACAGAUGAGAUGAAAAGAGGCACCUUACAAAGUGGAAAAGGGAAACAAUUUGCUUCUGUUGAUGUCAUACAAGAGACUGCUUCUUUUGUUCUACACUUCACUAAGCCUCCAAAGGCUGCACUACCAUAUCGAAUAGAGAAUUUCUUGAAUGAAGCAUCUAUCAUGUAUUUCCAGAAGGAUUCAGUUGAAUCAGAUGUAUUACACCCCGGAGAAUCGGAACAAUAUACAUGGGAUGACUUGAGCUUACCCCACAAGUUGGUUGUUCGAAUUAUUGAUACACCUGCAUUGCGUGAAAUUAAAAUUGACAAAAUAAAUCCAUGGAAGCCAUUCUUGAAGAUGAGUCAAAAUAGCAGGCUUAAUAUUGAUUCCUCAUUCAAUAAUGGACUAAGUUCAGGAAAACAAAGAUUUGAUGAAUCAUUUGGACUGAGGGUGUUUAAGAUUGGCUAUGAAGUGUAUGCUGAUGGUUUAACUAGAGUUUUACGGAUAUGUGAACACUCAGACAACCCCAAAGCUGAUAACAUUCAGCGCGCAUUAGCAAAUGUACAGUUCAGAAUCACAUCUAUGUGUAUUCAUCUCCUUGAGAAGGGCCAGCAGGGAGAGGAAAAGGCCCAAUCAUUGUCUACAAUCCUAGCAGCACGAUUUCAACAUGUAUCUGCUGACUCAGUCAUCACAGAUAGAUACAAGCAUAUCACUCUUGCAAUUCAAUCAGUUAAUGUGGAUGAAAAAUGGGAAGGAGCUUCAUUUGGGUCAAUUCUUAGGAGGAACAAGCUUCAGGAUGCUACUCUCAGUGAAAAUAUGCUGCGGAUAAUCAUUACACUGAAUUCGAGCAACUCAAGUGUCAAACAAGUCCAAUAUUGUUCCAUAAUUCUACAGCCUAUUGAUCUGAAGAUUGACGAGGAAACACUAAUGAAGAUUGUGCCAUUUUGGAGAACAUCCCUUGCUCCUCCUGGGACACCAAGCACACAAUUUUAUUUUAGGCAUUUUGAAGUACAUCCAAUUAAGAUUAUCACAAGCUUUCGACCUGGAAGUCCACACACAACUUAUAGUUCUGCUCAAGAGGCUCUGAGAGCACUAUUGCAUAGUGUUAUAAAGGUGCCUGAGAUAAGCAGUUCAGCCGUGGAGCUUAAUGGUGUUCUCCUAAAUCAUGCUUUAGUUACUUUUCGUGAGCUGUUUCUGAAAUGUGCCCAGCAUUAUUCAUGGUAUGUCUUGAGGGCAAUCUAUGUAACAAAGGGAAGCUCAUUGCUUCCUCCAUCUUUUGCCUCAAUAUUUGAUGAUUCUGCUUCUUCUGUUAUCGAUGUUUUCUUUGACCCUUCUGAUGGCUCACUCAACCUUCCAGGGCUUACCAUAGGCAUGUUUAAGUUUAUAAGUAAAAAUAUGAAAUCAGGCGGUAUUUCUGGAACGAAGCGCUACCUUGGUGAUCUUGGAAAAACUGUUAAAACUGCAAGUUCAAAUGCACUCUUUGCUGCUGUAACAGAAAUUUCAGAUAGCGUUGUGAGAGGAGCAGAAGCCAAUGGUUUCAAUGGCAUGGUUACUGGCUUCCACCAAGGUAUUUUGAGAUUAGCAAUGGAGCCAUCGGUGUUAGGACAGGCUAUAUUGGAGGGUGGUCCUGACAGAAAGAUCAAACUUGACCAUAGUCCUGGGCUCGAUGAGCUAUACAUCGAAGGAUACUUACAAGCCAUGCUUGAUGUCAUGUACAAGCAAGAAUAUCUUCGUAUCAGGGUGAUUGAUGACCAGGUUAUUCUAAAGAAUCUACCACCAAAUAGUGCUCUCAUAAAUGAAAUUGUCGACAAUGUAAAAAGCUUUCUUGUGAGUAAGGGAUUGCUGAAAGGAGAUUCUUCCACAAUUCGUCCCUUGCGACAUCUGCGAAAUGAGCCUGAGUGGAGGAUUGCGCCGACGGUGCUCACCCUCGCAGAGCACCUGUUCGUGAGCUUCGCCGUGCGCGUGCUGCACCGGGAAGCCACCAAGGCCAUCGCCGGCAUCACGUCGAGAGCAAAGAAGCCUACCGGAGAUGGAGACGGAGACGGCGAGUCACCGUCGUCGUCGUCGUCGUCGUCCAUGGGAGUCUUCGCGAGGAGGAGCAGCAGGCUGUGGAGCGUCGGCAGGUUCGCCGUCUCCGGCAUGGUCGCCUACGUCGACGGCCGGCUCUGCCGCCACAUACCCAACCCCAUCGCCAGGAGAAUCGUCAGCGGCUUCCUCCUGAGCUUCAUUGACAGCAGAGACAACCAGUAGGCUGAGGUGAUCACCACGUUUACGUUGUACAAAGUUGUGUAUCUGUGCCACAUAUGCUAGCCCAGACAAUUGCCCAAGGCAUUAACUAUUUGCCACUCUUAAAAUUGGAUUGUACCAGACUUAUUAUUCGUUGUUGUCUAUGAUAUGUGGAUCCAGUGACAAAUUUGUUAUCAUCACUAGUGAGAGUGGCAAAAAGUUGAUUAUUUCUAAUUGCCCAAUGCAAUGUGAACUUCUUUUUUUCAUUUUUCGACCACACGGAAGACGCAUGCAGUAUGUAUUGUUGUACAGCAAUUUUGACCGCUGUAGAAAAGGAUGGGGGAGGUCAAUAAAUAAGAU